AUGACGAGCACUUGUGUAGAUGUAAAGGAGCUUCCUAAUUCUUACAUCUUUGUGGCCGACGUCCCCGGCCUGAAGAACACGGACGUGAAGGUACAAGUUGAGAACGAUAGUAUUCUAAAGAUCAGCGGAGAACGGAAACGAGAUGACAAUCCCAACCAUGACAUAAAAUAUGUUAGAGUUGAACGCUCGUCCGGCAAAUUCAUGCGAAAGUUUAACCUUCCGGCCAACGCCAAUCUGGAAACCAUCUCGGCUACUUGUCUCGACGGCCUUCUCACUGUUGUUGUGCCAAAGAUCCCAGCGCCAGAGAGCCACAGGCCAAAGACUUUUGAUAUUGCAGUUGCCAACAUCAACUUCGUCUACAAGUGA